AUGAGUGGCAUUCCUCAGGGGUUGGUAUCGGGACCAGCGCUGUUUAACAUCUGUGUCAGUGACAUGGACAGUGGGAUUGAGUGCACCCUCAGCAAGUUUGCUGACAGCACCAAGCUGUGUGAUGCAAUCGACACGCUGGAGGGGAGGGAUGCCAUCCACAGGGACCUUGACAGGCUCGAGAGACAGAAUUCAUCUAUGUCCAAGCAACAAUUAAACCAAAGACCUUCAAGCAUGGUCAGUGAAACGUCCACUGCAGUAACUACAUCUGCUGUUGAUACAAAACCUGGCCCUAAGGUUGUAAAGGCUGGAAACAAAGUUCAUAGUUUUGGAAAGAGGGAACAAGCUAUCAGGAGGAAUCCCAAUGUUCCUGUCAUAGUAAGGGGCUGGCUACACAAACAGGAUAGCUCUGGAAUGCGAUUAUGGAAAAGACGAUGGUUUGUGCUUGCUGAUUAUUGUUUGUUUUACUACAAAGACAGCAGAGAAGAAUCUGUUUUGGGUAGCAUACCAUUGCCUAGUUACGUAAUAUCUCCAGUUGGACCUGAAGAUCGCAUAAAUCGCAAAUUUUCUUUUAAGGCUGUUCAUACAGGUAUGCGGGCAUAUAUUUAUAAUAAGAAUUCUGUUACUGGCUCUCAGGCAGAGCAUUCAGGGAUGCGGACAUACUACUUCAGUGCAGAUACCCAAGAGGAUAUGAAUGGCUGGAUCCGGGCUAUGAAUCAAGCUGCUCUUAUGCAAACACACUCUUCACUGAAGAGAGAAACUGAAAAAGUGGAUCAGCAAGCUGUUCCCCAAGUCAAUCAUGUGGAUGCCUGUAAAGAGUGUGUGAAAGCAGAGGUUACAGAUACAAAAGAAAGUUAUCAAAAAUCAGCUGAAAUGCUUGGAUAUGAUAAGCAUGAAGAGAUAAGAAGAGAAAAAGAGGAGGAGGAGCGUUAUAUCCACAGAAAAGAAACUCUGGAAACUAAAAAGGGAAAGGCUAAGCAUGCGUUAACAGAAGCUGAUUCAUUAUUUCCAGACUUAACGAAUGCAUCCCGAUCCCAAGUAGCUCAGCCUCAGCCAGCUGAGAAGAAUGGAACGCUUCCUAGUUCAUUAAGUAUGAGUGCUGGCCUAGUGGAGCAGAAUGGUACCAGCUCCUAUAAAAGAGGGUUUGUUCCCAGAACAAAUCCAGAUAAACAGAGUCAAAGAAAAAGUAACAUGGCUCAAGUGGAGCACUGGGUAAAAGUCCAAAAAGGAGAUACAAAAAG